UUGUCACGCAACUUCCCCUCCAAUUUUCACCUCCUUAUAAAACCUCUUCACACACAAUCACUUUUCACUCAAACAAUUUCAAUACCUAUCUCUUUCUCUUUUUCAAUAUAACAACAUGGCUCUAGAAGCACUUAACUCACCCACCACUACUACUACCCCAAAAUUCACCUUCAAUCAACCAUCUCUUCAUCACUCUGAACCAUGGACCAAACGAAAACGUUCUAAGCGUUCACGUUCAUGCACUGAAGACGAAUAUCUCGCUCUCUGUCUCAUCAUGCUAGCUCGCGGAACCACCACCUCCAACAACCGCCUCAGUUUCAAACCAUCACCGACAACAACAACAACAAUCGCUGACAAGCUGAGCUACAAAUGUUCUGUUUGCAACAAAGAGUUCUCUUCUUAUCAAGCACUUGGUGGACAUAAAGCCAGUCACCGGAAAAACUCCACCGGCGGUGGUGAUGACCAUUCAACUACAUCAAGUUCUGCUAACGCCGCCGUUGUAAGCGGUGGCGGUGUUAGAUCUCAUGAAUGUUCGAUUUGUCAUAAGUCGUUUCCUACAGGACAGGCUUUGGGUGGACACAAACGUUGUCACUACGAAGGCGGUAUUGGCGGUGCUGCGGCGGUAACUAACUCAGAAGGUGUGGGGUCCACACAUACUGCUAGUCAUAGUCAAAGUCACCGCGAUUUCGAUCUGAACAUCCCGGCUUUUCCGGAGUUUGGUGAUAAUAAGGUCGGAGAAGACGAGGUUGAAAGUCCUCACCCUGUGAUGAUGAUGAUGAUGAAGAAGAAGCCUCGUGUUUUCAUGGUGCCCAAGAUUGAAAUUCCUAAUCACCAAUGAAUCAUUAGUUUAAAUAUUUGAGAUUUAGAUUUAGUAUAAGAUUAAUUAGUUGGCAUGUUUUGUUUAAUUAUUUGAAAAAAUUUGUGCAUAGUAGUUUGGGUUGGGGGAAUUUUUUUUCUUGGUUCUGUUUUUUCUUAUUUGAGAUUGUACUUUACUUUUGAGUUUCAUGGUGGCAAUUCAAUUUAUUUAUUGAGUA